AUGGCGUCUCCACUUGAGAGUGCCGAGGACUUCGCGCAGCAGUUGUCCCCCCCGGCGGCGGAUCCACUGCGCGUGAAGUAUCUCGUGGUUGGCGGAGGCGUCGCAGCGGGGUAUUUUUUCCAUUAUUUCGCGGAACCGCUCCAGCAAGGCCGCGCGGGAAUCAGCGGGAAGACCGCUGGAGCAGCGGCGGGGAACGUGGCGCCAGGCAGUACGGGAAAUUCGGACAGAAAUGCAGGCCGGAGCCUCGACGCUUGGCCCCCCGCAGAGGGAACCAGAGGGAGUCUGUGCGCCGGAGAGCGUGCAGGUGGGAAAGAAACAAAGCGAGACGGCCAGCGGGCCCUUGACGCAAGCAAGGACGCGUCGAGUGUACGGGCUGCUCCGUAUCCGACAGCGUCUCGGGGUUCCUCGACCUCCCGCGCACAAGGCCUGGCCCAGUUGUCGCUUCAAGAGCAAGACGCAAAGCUGCGCUUUCUGCUGGUGUCUUCCGAAGCCGUUCUGCCCUAUGAACGGCCGGCUCUCUCCAAGGGCUUUCUCCUUGGGAAGGCAAACUUCCCCAACUUCAACGUUGCGGCGGGCAUCAGCGGCGCAAUUCAAGACGCCCAGUGGUACAUCGCCCGGGGCGUUCACGUGCUGCUCAACGAGACCGUCUCGUCUGUCGACUUGGCGAACCGGAGUGCGUCGUUGCAAAGCUCGCAGCGAACUGUCUACUUCGACAAGCUGAUCGUCGCGACGGGUCUGAGACCGGUGGACUUCGUCGGCCUCGGCAUGUGGAACCUCAGAGGUGUUCCGUUCAACAUUUUCACCUUUCGGUUCGCCAGCGAGGCGAAGCAAAUCGUGGAUUUCGUCAAGCAAAUCCAGGCGCGAUCCUGCGCGGCGUUGAACCAAGCUCUUCCGUCCUCGGACAACGCUCUGGGGACGGCGGACGCGUCCAAGGGAUCUGCUGUCGUCCUCGGCUCCGGAUUCACAGGCACGGAAGUCGCCGCGGCUCUAUGCCAGCUGGGGCUUAAAGUGGUCAUGGUGACACACAGCGCGCGCAUCUUGUCCAAGAUCUUCACUCCGGAGCUCUCGGGCUUUUACGAAAAGCAGUUCGAGCAGCGGGGCGUGACAGUCAUCAAGAACGCGUCCGUCCAGAACCUCGUUCGCGAUGUAGACAGCGACAGCAGGGUCUCGGCGGUGCGAAUCACGGACAGCGACGGGAGCAGCCACGUUCUGGAGGCGGACUUUGUUGUGGCUGCACUGGGCAGUCGGCCGGUCGUCGAGUUUCUCAACCGGCAGGUAAUGUUGGCUGACGAGUGCGUAGGCGGGGGAAUCCAAGUCGACGAGCACCUCCAAGCGUUUCCCUCUCGCGAAGUGCAAAUCGCGGCGGCUUCUGCGCAGAAUCCGUAUCCGGAAGUCUUCGCCAUUGGCGACGUCGCAGCGUUUCCCCACUCGCGGGUCGGAGGGCGGCCAGUCAGGUACGAGCACGUGUGGAACGCGCGGUCCAUGGCUGCCUACCUCGCCAAGCAUUUGCGCUGGCUCGAGAGGAAAGAGGAACAGGAGGCGAGAGCGCGCGGAGACACCUGCAACGUCCUUCAAGAGGCUGAGGAAGAGGAAACCGUCAACGCAGCUGCCUUGGCGGCUGCCGAGGAUGGGCAGCCGCAGCGCGCCGUUCCCCCAGGGGAAGACUCGGACUCGGCCAAAGCUGGAGCGUCGAAUCGCUCCGAGGGAUGCGGUAGCGACACCGGAUAUCAGUUCCUGCCGAUUUACUAUUCGCGCAUCUUCGACUUGUCGUGGAAAUUUUUCGGUUUUCGCAGAGGCACCCCAGUGCUGGUAAAUGAUUUUGAUAGACAAAUAUCGCGGAAAAUUAUUGCCUUGUGGAUCGACUCCGACCAAACGGUUCAAGGAGCAUUUCUUGAAGGCGGCAACCCAGAGGAAGAAGAACUCCUUCGACGAGCGGCGGACUCCACAAUUGUCGUCUCACCAGAGGCCGUCCAACAGGCGAAGGACGUGGCUGAGGUCUUGAAACUCAUCCGCCAUGGUGUGGAGCAGCUGGAGGAACACCGGACUGAGGCGGCCUGA